AUGAGUGUCAUUGAGCAUCCACUGGAAACCAUUCAGGAACUCUUUCGCAAGAACUGGAAAGAGGGAGCGUCCACCGACAAGGAUGACUUUGGCGUGACCAAGCACUUCCAGGAGAUGUUCGAUACCCGCGAGAAGCUGUCUAAGAUCCCUGUGCUGGACGCCCAGUCGAUCAACACCUUGCCCUUGAACUCUCUUGUUCGCUUCAGAUGCAUGGUUCAGGAUACCGAGCUCUCGCAGGAGGUAGCUUUGUUUGCAUCGACCAUUUCCAAGAAGCCUGAUGGCGAGGAGGCCUUCGUUUGCCAUAGAUAUUCAGAUGGACCUCAUGAGGACCAGAUGUUGGCUUCGCACCAAAAUCAGGAAUUGAUGGAUCUCAGGAGCAGCUAUUACUGCGUUUCUGUCCCUGGGCAGUCGCAGUGGGCCAAGGAUGCUGACAAGCCCGCCGGUCUGGAUGCUGCGCUCCAGGAUUUGAAACUUGAGGAGACGAAGGCAUCAGAGGUCAUUGCGGAGCGAUUCCCUUUCCCCGCAGUCAGCCACUUUGCUGCUGUUGUCAAGACCACUUCUUCAGAUGUUAGCAUUGGAGUGACUGAUAUGGUCGAGGUCAUCGGAGUCUUGGGCGCCAGCGACAAAGUGUCGUCAGGAGACUCUUUUGACUUCCAGGAAGAGUCGGCUGCAGGACCUCGUAUCCCUACCGUCCACGCUAUUCUCAUGAACAAGGUUGAUGACCACGGACACCCUGAGUUGACAGUAAAUGGUCGCCCCACCGAGGAUGAUCUUGAGAAGCUCGUCAAGGAUGCCAAGACCAUCCGUGAGGAGUUGAUCCAGUACAUUGCUCAAGCUGUCCGCGGGGACAAGUUCGCAGCAGAGCUUGUUCUCCUCCAUCUUUUGGCCAGAGUCUACUCACGUCCAAGUGGAGCUGUUCUUGGCAAGUUCAGUUUGAAUCUCAAGGACUCUACAGCCAACUCUCCAGUCGCCAAGAGCCUUGAGAAGGUGGUCAAGAGCGUGUUACCCAAAGUUCACGCUAUUCCCAUGACUCUUACGAACUUGAACAAGAACUACUUUUACCCCCGUGGUGAGGAGCAUCUGUGCUCGGGAAUGCUCCAGGUCACCCGUGGCACCCUUUUGCUUCUGGACGAGACCGCCAUGGAGGAGGGUACCUUGGUUGAUCAAGGUAUCAAGAACUUGAAGGCGGUAACAGAUGUCAGUCUGUACCAGACCCUCAACUACGUUUUCCCAUACAACCACCUCGAGUUCCAGACCGACAUUUCCUUGUUGAUCAUCUCCUUUGGCAGUUCAUUGGUCCCUGUUGACUGCGGGAUUACUUUGACGCCUGAGCCAUCCACACCUGAGCAGCAGUCAGAGCCAACAGAGGAAAAGCUCCAGUCCUUCCGCAGAUACAUUAGCGCUCUGCGCCUCGCCGAAUACAAGUUUUCAGAGGAUAUGGCCAAGGAAAUCGAGACAGAGUUUAUGGAGCAGCGCAAGGCCGCCUCAGCUGCUGGAUCAGCCCUGAUUACCCCCAACGACCUCGCGCUUAAUAUCUCCCUUGCAAGGUAA